GCAGCGGUGACAGGCGUGCACUGGACAGACAAGCAGCACACACUACAAGGGCUGCACAGAGACCUCACACCACUACCUCUUGACUUUAUCAGACAAUACACACAGAACUAUGGUACUGCCAGCGGGCAUCUCAGCAGACACCUCUGCUCUUCUGACGUAGGAAAUCAGACACAGCAGCAGCUAUAGACUAGUUGUCGAAGACUGUUCUUAACGUUAGUGUGACUGUCAGAUACAGUGAACUAGAGAGCAGCCAUGGACACCGUCCACGCCUAUGGAGUUAGCACCACACGAUACCUCCAGACUCACUACAGGGACACUCAGAGCUGGUUCCUUUUUGUUUCCAUGGUAGCUGACCUGCGGAACACCUUCUUUGUUUUCUUCCCUGUGUGUUUCCACCUGCGGAAAUCAGUGGGGAUCAAGCAGGUCUGGGUGGCUGUGGUGGGAGACUGGCUCAACCUUAUCUUCAAAUGGAUCCUGUUUGGCGAGCGUCCCUAUUGGUGGGUUCAAGAGACUCCUUACUAUGGCAACUCAUCAGCGCCACAAAUUGGGCAGUUCCCUAUGACCUGUGAGACUAGUCCAGGAAGUCCGUCGGGUCAUGCCAUGAGUGCUGCAGGGGUUUACUACGCUAUGAUCUCAUCACUCCUCACCAUCCUCAAGGAACUUGGGGGUCACAUCAAGAACUGGGUUUUCAUCGCUGCCCACUUCCCUCACCAGGUUGUCGCUGGGGUCGUCACAGGCAUCCUAGUGGCGGAGACCUUUGACCGGGUCUACUGGAUCUACAGGGCUAGCCUGAGGCGCUAUGUCUACACCACCCUCUCCCUGCUCUCCUUCGCUGUGGGCCUUUACCUGGUCCUCAGGGGCCUCUGGGUGGACCUGCUCUGGACCCUGGACAAGGCCCAGCGCUGGUGCCAGCGGCCCCAAUGGGUCCACAUAGACACUACACCCUUCGCCAGCCUCCUGCGCAACACCGGCACUCUGUUAGGCCUGGGCUUGGGCUUAUGA